GUCACUCUCUCUUUCCCCCUCUCAAAUCCUAAGUCUCGAAACCUCACACGCACAAACACAAAUCUCUCUUAUCGCUCUGCCCCCACACGAAACAGAGAGAGAGAGAGAGAGAGAGAAGGCAAUCGCAUUCGCGGAGAAUGGCAUCACCAAUAGCUAGGGUUUCGUUCCGCAUAAUCAUGGCCGUCCUCUUACUCCUCGCCCUCUUCUACGUCGGCCGCCCUCUCUACUGGAAGAUCUCCGCCACCAUCCACGACAUCCGCAACAACAAACAGACCGUCAAGCAAGGCCUUUCCCAGAUCGUUCUGGAAGCCCAGAAAACCGUCGGCUGGUACCACGACGAGUCGGACUCGGGCGCCGCCACGACUCGUCGUUUUCUGCGUAAGCUUUUGUGAAAAAAAAAUAUCGAAUGCCUUUGUGUUCAUAACGGUAGAUCUGGUGGUAACACUAGGAGGGGCUCUUAAAAGCACUGUAAUAUUUCUGUUAUGAGCGUAUAAUAAUAGAAUUUGUAACGGUGGAUAUGGAUCGAGGGCUUAUUUUUCAAAUUUUGUAGAAUGGAGGGGUCCAUAAAUUAAUAAUGUGAUCGCUGAUAUGAGAUUUGGUCGAAAAUUUCACCUGA